GCUUAAAUAAUUGAAGAAAGAAAUUAUCCUCGGUUAUUAUUUCAAAUUAUUUUUCAAAAAAACUUUAGCAGUGCAAGUGAUUUAGUGUGUGCCUCAUUUGCGCUCUUGCAAAUCAUCACAAAGUGCAGUACGUUCUUAACACAGGGCAGGGCUUCAGUGGUACACCCACCAAAAUCUCCACCAACACUACCGCCACCACGAAUAUGGCCAUUGGAAUGAAUCCCUUGAAACCUGGAGAAUCCAGCGAAUCCACUUGGCAACCAAGACCUCCAGGUCUAAUAGGUCUAAUCGCCGACGCGGUGUGCGAGUUUGAAGUAGUAACAUUCACUUCCACUCGUAUUUGUAGACUCUCCACGUGCAAAACCGAACACUAACUUCUUCAGACUUGGUUCAUUUUGAUACUUGGCUAAUCAAGGGGAUGAUUUGAGUUGUCCUACACAAUAAUACCUGGAGUGUGACCGAGCUACUCUACUCUUUCAUAGUCCACCCAUCGCUCAAUCCCUGGUCUAUCUACCCAAACAUGUGCAGAACUCCGUUGGUGAGAGGGGGGAUUAAAUGUCUGCGCCAGAGGGUGAAAUGAAUCCAGACUGUCUGGUCUCGAACAUCUGUGAAAUCCACCCCUUUCAUGCAUUUUGAACAAAGCUAAUCUCAGCACCAUCCAAAAAACUUGCUCGAGUUUGUUUGGUACAUUCAGUCAAAGGCAAGUGGGAAACCCGUUUUAUCGAGGAAAGUACGGUAUUUCCAAGAAAUUGACCGUGCUUUCGGCGAAAUAAAGUCCAAAGUUCUAUCGAAUACGCGUGACAUUGUGAACGUGACCUUCAGGACUUAACGAGUGGGCAUAUCUUUCACGUUGUGCAAUUUCUAAUCAUUGAAUUUCCAGCUGAUCAUGUUUAUGGCUGUGUGUGUGGUUCUAAUAUCGUUGGUGCCAUUGCUACUGAAAUGGUCCCGCCCGUUGAAGUAUAUCACGAACAAAAUCUGGACUCUCUUGGGACAGCCUCAAGAUGUCGCGGCCAAAGGAAUAUUUGAUAUUCCUGGCCCGUUGUCUUUGCCAUUCCUGGGAUCCUCAUGGAUGUACUCACGUUUUGGACCGUUCACACGUAACAAGUAUCAUGAAUCGAAUGACUCAAAGUAUGCUUCCUUUGGACCUGUGGUGAGAGAGGAGGUUCUGUUCAACUUCCCGCUCAUUCAUCUCUUUGAAAAAGCAGACAUUGAGAAUGUCAUCCGCAAUGAGAGCGAAUAUCCAAUGCGACCCCCUAACGAAGCUGACGUUUUCUAUCGGAGACUUCGUCACGACAUUUAUCUCAAUGACGGCAUGGUCAACUUGAAUGGACCCAAAUGGCACACACUCAGAUCUCUACUCACACCUCCAUUAACGAACAGAAAGACUUUAAAAAGUUAUUCCACUCAAAUGAACGCCAUAGCAAACGAUUUGAUGGAACAUAUCCAAGUUGAACGCGACAAUGAGCUUGGAAUGGUGCGAGAUUUCAAGGAUCUUGUGUACCGUACAGGUCUAGAAACAGUCGGUACCAUUUCCUUGGACCGUAGGAUGGGAUUCCUCCACAAGGAAAUGAAUGAGGAAACUCUCUUGAUCCUGGAAUCCAUUAAAGGAUACCAAACCAGUAGCAACGAGGCUAUGUACGGUUUACCUUGGUGGAAGUACGUGCCCACUAGAUUCUCUGGGGUGUUGACCAAUCUGGUUUAUCACAAAGACAAUCUAUUUAACGCGGUGGGCAAAAUUGUCGAUGAAGCUCUGGCGGACGAGAGGAACAACGGAUCUUCCUAUGACGAUGAGAACAGCAUUCUCAAGCAAUUGCUUAAAACCCCCGAAUUGGACAUCAGGGACGUGAAAGCUUCCCUUGUCGAUUACAUUACUGCAGGCGUAGAAACUAUUGGAAACUCCAUCAUAUUCGCCAUAUCCUUGAUAGCCCUGCAUCCAAAGGUGCAAGAACGGUUACACCAAGAACUGGACGACUCUCUACGACCCGGGGAUGAUCUGACAUUGGAAAAAAUCAACGGGCUGAAAUAUCUCAAAGCUUGUAUCCUGGAAAGUUUCCGCAUGUACCCGACUGCCUCUCAAAUUGCCCGGAUCUUACCGCAGAACACGGAAGUAACGGGUGGAUACGUCCUCCCUAUGCACAGUGUGGUCUUGUGCCAUCAAAGGCUCGCCUCCUUGCAAGACAAGAACUUCACGCAAGCGAAGAAAUUCGCGCCAGAAAGGUGGAUGGAAAAUUCGGAAGUAGACUUUCCGGUUUGUGAGCGAGGUUUGGUGUUUCCGUUCGGCGCGGGAAAGCGGAUUUGUCCCGGGAAGCGACUGGCCGAGCAAGAGAUUCAUGUGAUUGUUGCCAAGCUCUUCCAGAAAUACUCUGUGACUUUGGUGGAAGAGUUCCAGGCGGAAUUUAACUUCCUUCUCACUCCUUCAGGCUCUGUGCCCAUCAGAAUUCGAGACCGAACUCUGGGUUGAUGUCAAAUUACUUUGGAAAAUAUACACCACGCUUUCGAAAUCCAA